CAAGAAAGUCUAUUGCGGCGUGUAGAAACAAAAUUGCUCCUAUAAUCUCUCUCAGUCUCUCCUUGGCCCUUGCUAUCUGUCUUGGGAAUUCACAAAAAUGUCAAUCUCAAACUCGUUCCUACCAGAUGAACUGUGGAGACGAAUCCUAGAAAUCGGUAUCAAAACCAGCGGUUUUAGGUACAAGGACCUCUGCUCCAUCUCCAUUUCUUGUAGACGCCUCCACCGACUCUCCAAUGAAAACUCGCUCUGGUCUCACCUUCUCUCCUCUGACUUUCCGUCCUCUUCAUCAUCAUCAUCAUCAUCGACGACCAAGUCUAGCACCAAAAUCCUUUACAGAGAAAGGUUUGAGAGAGAUAGAGAGAAGAAGUUAGCGGUGAAUAGGAGGAUUGUGCUUAGAAAGGAGAGUCAAAUUGUGGAGCAUUCUAGAAAGAUUCGAGAGAUCGAGACUCGGUUGGCAGAUGAGAACCAUAAAUUGAAGACAACUGUUUCUGAAUUAUCACAUUUACGACUCCUCAGACAAGCUUCGGUGGCUUUGAAUGUGUGGCAGCCAGAGGUAAUCCGAGGUAGACAAAAAGAAAUAGUCGGGCAAUGUGUUGUGCCUGUGGAAUCUCGGAUUCAUGCCCUUGAGAUGGAACUUAGGCUUUGCAAGCAACAGAUUUUGGGGUUUGAAAAAGCUCAUAAAGAUGAAAAACAAAGGCUUGAUACAGCAAAAGAAGAACUGGUUUCAAUGAAGUAUCACCCUCUACAAGAUUAUACCAUGGAAAUGAAUGGUGGGGACAAAGAAUGUAACAUCAAGAGAAAGAAGUUGAAAAGAUGCCACAAAGGUGAUGGAUGAAAGCCAAGGUAAAACAUCAUGGGUUAGUAGGUGUCCUGGAUCAACUUGCCGAUCCCUCCUCAGUAGUUGUUGUAUAAACCAUCCAGACUAGCCUUGCUGAGUGAGUUACUGCACAAGGCAUUGAUGAGCCUUGCAACAAUGGGACAAUGAUUAUUGGAAAGAUUUCUGGAGCCAGAGUUCUUGAUAAUAUUGUAAACUUUGUUGCAGCCAUGGGUAUGGCUUUUCAGUGUUGAGCUUUUGUAUCAUUAUCAAGUUCUCUAUGCUUAUACAGAAGUACAAUCUUCAUUUAUUUUGAAUUUUCAAGUUUAGAUUUCUGAUU